UUGUCCCCCAAUGGAGAUUAGGAAUGAUAUGGGGGUUCGUGUGUAUAUGGAGACCAAAAAGGAGAAUAAAAACUUAUGUUCAUAUCCGCUAUGUAUAAGUGUACGAGAUUUCAAUAUGGAAUUGGCAAUCACCAAUGAUAACACAAGUGCAGGUUCAUCUGGAUCGCUAAAGUUACUUGAUAUGCCAUCCUCUCCAGAUAUAGAGGAAUAUCAAAGUGAAAUAAUAAAAUUAUAUGCAAACCGAUAUUGAAGAAGGACAAGUGUAUCAGGACAAGCAAAUUGUAGCUGCUGCAAUAAAGCACUUUUCUGUGGUGCACAAGUUCCAGUUCAAAGUUAAAAGAUCUAGUCAUAGAAGCUACUGGCUUGUAUGCGUUGGUGAAAACUGUAAAUGGCACUUCAAGGCAACAUCAAUUAAUGAUUCCACAAUUUUCAAGAUAAGGAGUUUCAACCGACAACACACAUGCUCCUUAAUGGACGAAACAUUCAUACAGCGCAAACAUAUUGCAGCUGUAGUUUGUAGCAUGGCCAUUCCAAAGUAUUGUGACCCAAAAACUGUGUACACACCAAAGGACAUACUGACUGACAUGUUAGCAGAACACGGAGUGAACCUAAGCUACAUGCAAGCAUGGAGAGCAAAGGAAAAGGCUUUACAAUUUUUGAGAGGGAAUCCGGCUGACUCCUACAGCAAAUUACCCAAAUAUUUUUAUAUUCUUGAGGAGACUUAUCCUGGUUCUCAUGUUAAAUUGAAGAAGACAGCAUAUGAAUGCUUCUUGUACGCAUUUGUUGCUAUUUCUACACCAAUAAGUGGUUGGCAACAUUGUAGGCCAGCAGUAGUUGUUGAUGGAACAUUCUUAAAGUCAGCCUACAGGGGGAUUAUGCUGACUGCAAGCAUUAUGGAUGCAGCAGCAUAUGCUGUGGUUGAUUCUGAAAAUGAUGCAUCUUGGAAGUGGUUCUUCGAGCAAUUCAAGCAGGCAUAUGGUGAAAGACCUUCAAUGUGUGUUGUUUCAGAUAGAAAUGAGAGUAUAAUGAAGGCAACAUCAAUUGUCUAUCCGGGCAUGCCACACUACUCUUGUAUGUGGCAUAUUUGGACAAAUAUAAGGUCAAAAUUCAAGAAGGGUCGUCUACAAUUACAUGAAUUGUACUUUGCUACAGCAGGGGCAUACACUCUGGAUGAAUUUAAUGAAAGGAUGUCGAAGAUUAAAGAUAUAGACCCUCGUGUUAAAUCAUACCUCUAUGAUAUUGGCUAUCAUAGAUGGUCAAGAGUACAUGCAACGCGGUACAUUGUGUGUCUAGAAAACAAGAAGUGCAGCUGUGGCCAAUUCCAACUUGAAGAACUUCCAUGUGCGCAUGCUUUGGCUGCAUUAAGGUACAGGCAUGAAACAUACGAAAACUAUUGCUCUCCAUAUUACACAAGGGAGAGCCUUCUGCGUACGUAUGAAAUACCAGUAAAUCCUCUUCCCGAUGAAAACAAAUGGAAUGUGCCACAACAUAUUUUGGAUGAGGUAGUAAAGCCACCGAGUGGAGAUAAAAGGCAGCCAGGCACACCUCAAAAGGAAAGAUAUAAAACACAUGAUGAAAUAAAGUCUAAGAAGUACAAGGUGUCAUGCGGAAAUUGUGGAGGUGAAGGGCACAACAAAAGAUCUUGCAAGAAUGCUCCCAGAAAGAAAUGA